GGAACAAAAGCAAAAGAUACAGCUACCAGGAAGACCAACGAUUCCUCGUCCACCAUCGGCUCGAGCACAUGGUCGAUUCAGUCGAAGUGAUCGGCCCGCGACUGGCCAUCCUACGUCUACGCAUCGACAAGCGCACUUUCGUUAGUAUUAUCAACUGCUAUGCACCGACGUCAACAGCUACGGACGAAGAAAAGGACGCGUUCUACAAGGAAUUAGAGGAGAUGAUAAAAAGGGAACGGUCCUACUACAAAUAUGUUGUCGGAGACUUUAACGCAGUCAUCCAUGAGGAAGAUGCCAGCGACAGCGCGCAUCGGACCACACGGAACCGGAGAAACAAACGAAAACGGCGAACGUCUGAUGGACCUCUUAGAGCAAUGCAAUCUCUUUCACGGAAACAGCUUCUUCACGAAAAAAGAGGAUCGGCGAUGGACGUGGGAGAGUCCGAAUGCAACGACUCACAGCGAAAUCGACCACGUUCUCACU